AUGUUCGCCAAACUCUCUACAUCGCUUAUUGCAACCCUCAUCAUCUCUACAACGCUUGCGGCACCUACACAAACACAUUGCCGCUGCGAAAUCGUCAAUGAUAUCCCAUCGUCACCGGCUCCUGCAACAGCAGCAUAUACACCCUCAGCUGCGCAUUGGUCGCCAGCAAACGCUCUGCCAAGUCCCGUGGCCGCAGUCAAUGUAUGCGCGAGUCUAGGAUCCAAGUUGGAGAAGUUGCAGCAUACCGAACCGGAAAUUUACAACUCAUAUAUGCGGGGAGCUGUCAAGGAAGCUCAGAAGCCGGUGCCAACGACUGUGUUGAUGAGCAGUAAAGAGGAAAAGGAGAGCUAUGAUGAAGCACAGUCCACAUCACGGCCGCAGGGGAGGAUAGUAUGUCACCAAGAAGCUCAAUCUUCGUCGCCGUCCGAAUUUCAGAGCUCGUUUGUGGGAUUAUGGGCGCUUCAGAUUAUUCUUGUGGCGGCGGUGUUGGCCUGUAUCGCCGAGGGUGUGCAUUUGGGUAAACAAUGGAUGGAAAGCAAAGAAACCUCCAAGCCAGCGUGCGAAAAGCACAGCAGGCUACGCUUGUCGGGUGCGGAGAGACGUCUCCUAGCCAUCCCUACUGGCCCCCAGCAAGCAGACUUGGUGAGCAGCCCAGGUGCAGAGAAGAAGCUGCGAGCGUACGAGACGACACGAUACUUUGUCACGCAGGCAUCGAGUGGGAGGAGGGAGUUCAUUGCGUAUGACGAUGAUAGUGAUGAUGAGGCGAACAGGCCUGUGAUGUAG